AUGUCAAGGAAGAUUUUACAGACGUUUUGCAGGCUCAGCCGCAAAUCGCUGGAUGCUUCGACUAGUAAAGCAAUUUGCACAACAAGCAGACUAACGGCAGCCAAAAUUCUGGAUGGCGUUGCAAUUGCAAAAGAUAUGAAAGAUGAAGUUAAGGCAGAAAUUGAAGGUUUUGUAGCUGAAGGACGACGCCCCCCAAAUCUCUGUGUGAUACAGGUUGGAGAGGACCCUGCUAGCAAGGCCUAUGUAUCCAAUAAAAUUAAGGCAUGCAAAUACACAGGGAUCACUAGUGAGAAGAUAAAUCUACCGGUGGAGACGACAGAGGAACACCUCCUGUCCCUGAUUCAAGAAAAGAAUGACAGUGACGAGGUGGAUGGACUGUUGGUCCAGCUGCCUGUCCCUGAACACAUUACGGAGCGGAAGGUUUGUAACGCUGUCCAUCCCAGUAAGGACGUUGACGGAUUCAAUGUUAUCAACAUUGGUAAAUUCUGUUCAGACCAGAAGUCAUUUGUGCCUGCAACACCUGCUGGGGUCAUGGAGAUUCUCCGCAGGUCAGGUAUAGAGACGUUUGGUAAAAAUGCAGUGGUGUGUGGCCGCUCCAAGAAUGUUGGAAUGCCUUUAGCUAUGUUGCUACAUGCUGAUGGUAUAUAUGAAACCAAGGCAGGUGAUGCUACAACUACCAUCUGCCACCGUUACACACCUCCAGAACAGCUCAGAGUGUUCACUAAGACAGCAGACAUUUUGGUGGUUGCGGUCGGAAUCCCAGGCCUGAUCACAGCUGACAUGGUGAAGGAAGGAGUGGCCGUCAUUGAUAUUGGUAUUAACAGGGUCAAGGACGAGGCUACCGGCAAGAUGAAGCUUGUUGGAGAUGUCGAUUUCGAUGGUGUAUCUGAGAAAGCAGGCUACAUCACCCCUGUACCUGGCGGUGUUGGACCCAUCACUGUGGCUAUGUUGAUGAAAAACACCCUCUCUGCUUACAAGAAGGAGAUCACUUUUGACUGACCACACAUUAUACUUAGACUUGUAUUCUCCCUGGACCAAUAAAAGACAGUCAACAACAGCAUGAUAUUUCGACAAGUCACUUCACAGAGAUGGAAAAUGGUCAGACUGAAUAAGGUUGAAAUGUAUCGUAUUUUUCAAAUAAUGUAAAAAUGGAAGUUGUUAUGUUAGAUGUUUUUGUUUCAUGAUGAUGAAGAGUAAUGUUUGAAAUUUUGAUUGGACUGUACAUUAUACAGGUUAUUGUACUAUAUACGUCUCACUGGUGAGAUGGGUGUACACUCUUUAAUUAUAAAGCAAAUUGUGAUGAGGUUUACACAGAAAAAUCUUCUUCUUGGAUUAUGCUUGUUGAUACUGCCAGUUAAAGUUCAUCUUUCAUUUUUCUCCUUUUGUUUUUUUUUUUGGUGAUUGUUACAACAGGAUUUUUUUCAUGAAAUAAAAUAACUGUUUUUCAUUGUUACUGAUAUCAGAAAAAUAUUUCCACUUGUGAAAGAAAGUUUUUUUCCAGAUUGAAACCUUCAAAAAUGAAGAAUAGAGAAACUUACAAAUAGUGGCCGGGUCAUUGAAAUGACUAGGUUUGGGAAUAACCUAGAUUUAGACAGAAGUCGGACAUUUUAAGUUAAAGCUUUGCAAUGAAAGUAAUUCUAACAUUCUUCAUAUAAAGCAUCUUUCCGUUGAAUAUUAUUUCCAAAUAAGUGACAGAAUAUUUGCACACUUUAUUGAGGUAUUGGAUAUUCAGAUCAACACUUAUAAGUAUAGAUGAUAUUAAGAAAGAAGCAUGGGUGAUCCUCUACAUUUCAUCACUUUUACCUGCAGGCUAUAGUAUCUCAUGUGCUUCAUCACUACGUGAGUAUUUUCUUAAUAAUUGCAAAACAAAAAAGAACAUGAUUCAAUUACAUUUGGGUAUCUGUGAUAUGAAAGAUGACAAGAUAAUGAAGCCAGAAGGCUGGAGACUCAAUGAUACCCAAGGUUACACAUACCUAUGUAGAUUUUGUGCAGUUUUAACCCAAAUUGUCGAAGAAUUAGAAUCAAGAAGGUUGAGGAAUAUUCAGAAUAUCACAGUUGCAUUAUGAUCUCACGUCUUGAUCAAAAUUCCUUUAAUUGUUUUUAAAUAGUGAAAUUAUGCAUUUGCCAGUGAAAAAAACUGUUUUUCAUUAUUACAUAUUCAUGUAUUAGAUUAUUGAAAAAAUAUACUUCGGUUAUUGGCGAUAGUAAAUUUUCAUUUUGAUAUGUUACUGUCCGCAUCAGAUGAUUUUUCUGUGCUAUGAUGAACAAGUGCCUAUGAGUAUCUAUUUUUGUUUAUUUUUUGUCCAAAUUUUUAAAGUCUUACCAUUUUUUUUACUGUC